AUGCCGAAACAAGUGACUCGGCGCCCGAGAGUCUGCAGUCGACCGUUGCAAAUGCAAUGCGAGUCAAAUUUCUCCUGCUCCAUUGCAUCGUCCGCAUAUGAAGCCUUUCUCGCUUUCGCCAGUGCCCUUACAAACCGGGCAUACAGCCAUUUUGAACAGGUAUACGGAUUCACUCUUAACUACCAACGAUGCCUUUAG